ACAGGCCCAACAGGCCACCCUUAUCAUCCAUCCAUCGCUAGACGCACACCGUGGGCCGGCUCUCAUGCUCAGUCGAGAGAGUACAGUGCGACCGUGCGGACGCCUUUACAUCCUUUUUCCCUCCCCCGGAGCACUUACGGAAGCCGUGUGCGUGCGAGUGUGUGUGUGGUGUGCGGUGUGAGAAGCAGUAGUGGUAGCCGUAGGUGGUGGUUUGAUUGAAAAGGCUCCGGUGGUAUUUAGUUAUUGUAAAGUGCGCACCAACUGCAAGUGACCAGUGUUUGUGGUGUUUUUCGACCGAAGUUUUGCUGCAAAUAAAGCUGUGAAUUAAAUCGAAUGUGAUUGAAAAAGUGUGUGUGUUUGUGAUUGUACGUGCAAAUCAGUUCAAAUUGAAAUUUUCUGCAAAACCCAAAAAAUCCGACCACUCCGACCGUUCGACCGUGGCGACGAACCUGUGGCGAUUGGGACCGCUUUCCCCCGGCAUGGUUUAAGGGGCUAUGGGACGGGCAGCAACCAGUUUCAACACAUUUACCAACGUAUUGAUGCAGUCGUAAUCAACGUGCUGAGACGGAAGAGAGAAAACAGUGUAGUGACAGAGUCGGGUGGACGGCGGCGCGAAGAUGCCGUCACGGACUGCCCUAUGGACGUGGAUAAAGCUCCUCGGGCUGGCGCUGGCGGUGCUGGACCACGCGCCGGUCGCGGCCCAGUCAAACUCGCCGCAGACCUGCCCGCCGGGUAGCGACAUCAGCCCGUGCGUCUGCCAGGUCAAGAAAAACGGGCUCGACAUCCUGUGCGAGGCGACGGACGUGCAGCACAUCACCAAGGCGAUGAGUGCGCUCAAGGGCAAGAGCCCGAUCAUCUUCUACCUGAAGCUGCGCCACAACAACCUGCCGAAGCUGCAAGGGUUCGUGUUUCUCGCGCUCGACAUCCGGCACCUGACGAUCCACAACAGCAGUCUCGCCACCAUCGAGGAGACGUCGCUCAGCUCGCUCGGACGGGGACUUACCCAGCUCGAUGUGUCCCAAAACCAACUGAUGAGCGUACCGUCGAGCGCCCUCAAGAACCUGCACUAUCUGCUGAUCCUCAACCUGAACCACAACCGCAUCUCGCAGAUCCACAACCGCGCGUUCGAGGGGCUGGACACGCUCGAGAUUCUGACCAUCUACGAAAACAAGCUGACGUUCAUCGAACCGGACGCGUUCCGUGGAUUGGACAAGAAGCUUAAGCGGCUGAAUCUGGGCGGCAAUGAUCUUACCGCCGUCCCGCAGAAGGCUCUCUCGAUGCUGGAUAACCUACGGAAGCUCGAGCUUCAGGAGAAUCGCAUCAAAACCAUCAAAGAAGGUGACUUCGAAGGGCUGGAGAAUCUGGACUCGUUAAUCUUGGCCCACAAUCAGCUAACGGAAGUGCCGGCCCGGGUAUUCUUCCACCUCACGCUGCUCAACUCGCUCGAGCUGGAGGGUAACUCUAUCUCCUACAUCGCGAAGGAAGCGUUCGAAGGAUUGGAAGAAAACCUACAGUAUCUUCGCCUGGGGGACAAUAAUCUCCACAUCAUUCCGAGCGAAGCGCUGCGCCCGCUGCACCGUCUCCGGCAUCUGGAUCUCCGCUCGAACAACAUCUCCGUCAUUAGCGAGGAUGCUUUUGUGGGUUUUGGGGAUUCGAUCACCUUUUUGAAUCUGCAGAAAAACGACAUCAAGGUCCUGCCGGCACUCGUGUUCGAAAAUCUCAACUCCCUCGAGACGCUCAGCAUCCAGAACAACAAGCUGACGCGCAUACCGGAGGAGGUGAUGGAGCCGAUCAUGGACUCGCUGCGUGUCGUCGAUAUUAUGGAUAAUCCGCUGAUCUGUUCGUGCGAGCUCGUCUGGUUCCCGAACCUGCUGCGCGAUCUGAAAAACCGGGACGACGAGAUGACGCAGAAGAAGCGCCCGAUGUGCACGAUGCAGAACGAGCACCGGGAGUACUACGUCCAGAACAUGCCGCUCGAGCGGAUGAGCUGCGUCGGCAAGAAGUACCACACGUCGUCACUGAGCGGCAACGGGAGCACGGGCCGGCCGGGUGCGACGCUCCUGUCAACCGUGCUGGCCGCCCUCGUGACCGGAAGCACCGUGAUUGGGUACGGUCGGUUCGUCCGCUAGGCGCGCGGGUGAGUAAAUAGGGAGAACCGCGUUGCGAAGGAUGGGCAAGGAUGGGAAACGGUCCUUGGCAUGUUAGUAGGGUAGCGUAGGGUAAGAAAGAACAAACAAACAACAACAAACAUACAAUCUAAGGCUAGCACAGCGAAGGGAAACAUAUGGCGUGGCGUGGAAUAUAUUUUCCAGCGAGCGAACAACACCCAGAGAGAGAGGGAGCGCGAUGGAAAUGGAAAUACAAAUACAAAUGUCACUCUAAUUUUCCAACACUUGCACACUUUGGUUUGGGGUGGAGAGCGCGUGUGUGGCCGGGAGCUCGGAACGCACGCUUGAUCGCGCUUGAUCUUUCUUUCUUUUUUUAUCGACACACACCCCAGCCACGUCACCACCGGGUGAUGGUGUGCUGAUAUGCGUGUGUCACAAAGGCAAACAAACCAAAAAAAAAAAUUACAAACCAAACAAAAAAUCACAUUACCAAAGAGUCUUUCAAUGAAGUAAACUAUGCAUACGUUUCCGCGUACGCGUACGCCCCUUUUGGUCCCGCGGUGCCGAUCACUCGUCGGCGCACGGGGCCGUAGGGGAAAGCGUCCGGAACAAGGGAAAAUGGUGUUAGCUUCCAACGGUGGAGAGAGAGAGAGAGGGAGAGAGAUAGAAAAGGAAGGAGAUAGGAUGGCUAGGAAAAAAGAGGAAAAACAAAUGUUACAAGAUUUUUCAUACAGUUCGUACACACGCUUCAAGUAUUGUUCAUACACACUCGCCCCCUGUAGCAGCAAAUCACGCGUAACAAACACACUCACAAGUGGUGUCGUUGUGCUUCAUCGGUUUCGAAAGCUUGUUUUCCCCGCCCAUGUUGGUGCAGCACACACUCCUAGUAGGCGAUGGAUGGAAAAGCAUCGCUCCCGAUAUCAAGUCAAAAUCUCAUCUUACUCAUCCAGUGUGCCAUGCUAGGGGCAAAACACACUCUCACACACACACAUACCAUAUAGCUAGUAAGGACGACUUUAUGACACGCUCGACACAGCUCGGGUAGGCACGGGAGGCCCUACCCUUCGUUUUCAAGUGUUACCCCCGUUUUAACGAAACGGAGACUUUUGCCAAGUGUCAGGUGCAAGGGUCCCCGCUUUGUGCACUGGAAACGAUAACAUUUGAUGGAUUUGUAGCAAUUUUUGUUUGGCGAAUUUUAUUUCUCAGAGUAUCCUGUUUUCAAAUCUAAAUGCAUAUUAAUACCCCUAGCGUCUAGCCGGGGGGGGGGGGGGAGGAAGGAAAAGAAACAAUCCUGAAGAAAUGUUAAUUGAACACAUAUCCAAGAGAAGGAAAAAGCUAUUUAAACUCUAUUUACAGCGUGUGUUGCAAGCGUUCAAGCAGCACGUUUUUCACGUGUUUCUGUGUGUUUUUUGUGCACGGAACUAUUUACAAAACUAUUCAAACACAUACAUGCACUGAAUGUGAAGCGUUGAAACAGAACGUUGAAAAAGAAUGAAAUGAACAAUGGAAAAACAUAUCAAUGGAGCUAAUUCUACCAUUCUACCGAUGCACACAUCUUGAUGCAACGUUUGCAUUAUAUUAUAUACCUACUGCAUGCAUAAAUAUAUAUAUACACCGUAUACACGCAUAUAGUUUGCGGAUUUAAAAAAAAGUAAAAAUAAAACUGCACACAAUGUCAAACUAAGAUUAAGAACAAAAAAGCGCGCCUAAAACAAAGCGCCAAAAACAAACGCAAUCCCCAUUAUUAACCUUACCCAAAAGUGGAGGAAAACAUGGAAACAUAUCAAAUGGAAGAAUUUAAUUGUUGCAUUAUAUGAACAAACAAGAACAAAAAGCAGAACAAAAUAUAUGUCAGUAGAUGUCUAUAUACAUAAAUUUAAAUAUAUUUAAAGAAGAAAAAAUAAGAAGCAUUAAAUAUACUCAACAAGAAAACGGAAAACUAAACACACAAAAAUACACAUAUCAAGUAUUCUACCAGUGUAAGAGCAUUUAAAAAUAAGCAUAAGAUACCGGUUAGAUAAGCCAACGUGAAGAGCAAAACAAAAAAGGAGGAUAAAACAGAGCGAAACAGAGAGCAUAAAAUCAUGUUUGUUACAUUUUUGAUACAUGAAACCUUUGCCUGUACACGUCUAAUGGUGCCCAAUUUUUUAAAACCCAGAACAAAACAAAACAAAAAACCCAUGGUUUCGUCCCGAUUCCAACUUCCAGCAAUACAUAUCAACCAAACCCAUGGUUUGUACGGUUCAUGAGACAUAUCAAAUGGAGGACUCUUGAAUGGUUACGCGAUAAGAGUAGACACAAUCCAGACGACUGCUAUCAUCCCCAGGAAAAAAAGUAGAUAACACAAGUAGACACAUUGCGCGGUACAUAAGGUACAUACAUAUCAAUCUUUUUUCCCCCGAGUCCCUACGCGAGUCUCUUUAAAAUCAGGCGUUAAAAAAACAUAAAAAAUGGGACGUGGGCUGAUAAAAUCAUACCAUUACAUCCGUGGAUGUAUCUCUUCCACAUCCUUUUUGCGGAGCAUACACUACACACACCUACGCUACAUAUCCAAAACAUAUCAUUAGAUGGUAAGACAUUAAUCACGCGCUAAACACACACUUUUCUCCCCCUUCUAAGCACCAUUGCUCCAGGGGACGGUGAGCAAUUGGGAAGGAGUGCAAAUGAUUCAUUUGUAAGUGUAAAUCUCAAUGAUGAAAGUCCGCAUGUACCCUAAGCGUUCUUGGCGCCAGCGUGCGCUCUGUUGCGCGCGCGCGUGUGUGCUUUAGAUCGUUGUUCACUUUCAUUCAUCUCCCUUUCUUUUUCCCAGUCGAUGUCAAUUACACACUGUUAUAGAAGUUUUGAAGCUUGAAAAGUUUGCUUUUGCACUGCACACGCACUGACUCUGACUAAAUGUAACAAAACAAAAAGCUUAGCUUUGUCUCACAACUUCGAUGUCAGCAAUCGAGCACGAGGUCCGUAGCACAAUCAUCAGAAUUAACACGCCUUUGAUGAAGAUUCAAGUGUACGGGCAAUGUUAAAGUCUGUUAAGAUGACUACAAAAAGACAGAGAAGACUACACUUUGUACAGGUUGACCAAAGUUAAUACAACACACAUUUUCCCAUUUAGUGCAGAUGGAAGGCAAACAAAACAAGCCGAAAUCAUAGUUUCACAGUUUCACGAGCUAGAUAAAAGUUUCUGAGCCACGUGUGGAAAGCAGUUGCAGUUAGUUGCUGUGUUUAAGGCAAAUAUCAUCCAGACAUAUCGAUAGUAAGAAGCAUUACGCUGCUCACGGUGCUGCUCAACAGACAGGAACGGUGAGACGCAAACGAUUUACACUAACAGUUCGAAUUCUCAUCUGCACCAUUGUUUGACGCCGUACCGAAGCUUGCACGCAAGGUGUUUGUUAUUGAAAGUACAGUCGAUUUUCUGUCAUUUUUUAUCGUUGCCACCACACACUGCACCACAAACCCUUACAAGUGUUUUCUACCAAAUAUAUUGUUCAAUUUGCCAAAUUAAUGUGAAAUACCCGGUCUGGAGGUAAUGAAAAUGAAAACAAAACAAAAAAAAGCACCAGAAACACUCUCCGCAGCGAGUACACUGGUUAUGCAUUCCGUUUUUCUUCACUCCUUUAGAUGUAUGUCUGUGCUGUGGGUGGUAGCUGUUUGUGCAGAUCUGUAUGUGCGUGCGUAAGUUUAAACCCAUCAUUUUCCCGUCCCACGUUGGUUGGUUUGGGGGGGCGUAAAACAAAGGAUUAAAAGGGAUAGAGACGAGCAAAUAACCCCUCUUUCAGGAGCGUAAGUGUACGAAUCGUUCUGGUCUUAAGUGUUCAAUUUCAAUCACUUUCAAUCUCGAUGUUCUUGUUGCUCGUAACGCGGUGGCAGCUAAUGAUGUGGAAGGUGUAAAAGCGAAGAAAAAAAACUAAACACUCUCUCACACACACACAUACACUCAGAACUUUCAAGUAAAUACCGAAUACGGAAUGCAAUGACUCUCAACACUGUGUCAAUAAGUGGAAAGGUAAAAGCAUUAGAAGGAAAGAGAAUGGACAAGUGAAGCAAAAAUAGCGGAAAAGAAAAACAAGACCCCAAAAGACAGAAGAAAAAAAAACAAAUCAUAAUACAUAUAUUAUACAAGAUAAGAAAGCAAAAGACAAAACGCAAAUCGCAAACUGUUAAACUAAUUGUUCAAUUUAUUUACGAUAAACGGAAGCUUGUUGUUAUUGAAACCGAUUUUCACAAGUUCAUAACAAAACCACACACAAAAACAUAACUGGCAUGCAAAACGAAAGGAAGAAUCUCAAUGUAAGUUCAGAAAUGUCUCCAAAAAUAGCAUCUAAACCACAAGUUAAACCAAAGCAGCAAUCACAAAGAAACCCACUCGCCAGUGUAGACAGCAACAGAGGUAGUAGCUGUGUAAGUAUUAGUGCUAGAACAGAGCAGUAGCGGCAGCAGCAGCAGUGCCGCAGUAAACGCGCAAUCGAAAGGCAAACGGGCAAUCUGUAGCGCACCGUAGCUAAUCGUAUAACGCUGCGAGUAGACACUGUGAAACUCCCAUUAGAAAACGGCAAUAGCACACACACACACUAGGUGAAAAACACACACACACAGACGUGGUGGAUCUAGAGUCCGGAGCGAUGAGUCCGAGCUCCGAGCGUAGUGUCAGCGAGGUAGGGCAGGUGGUGGUGAAAAUGGAGUUAUAUUUGUAUUUGCAGUUUUGUUGCAGUUAGUGCAAGGAUUGCGAAAGUAGAUCGAACAACAUCAGAUCGGUGCUUUUGCGCCACUAUUCCUUGAGGGUAGGUCAUGUUGGUGAUGAUGCGAUCGUGCAUACAUCCAAACGUGCAGCAAAACUGUGGUGGUUAAGUAGGGUGCAAUUUGGUGGAAAAGAAAGAAGUGUAAGAGAGAGAAUGUGUGUGUACGAUAGUACAUUGGAAAUGAAAAGGAGAGAGAGAGCUGUAGGAGUGUCUGGAGAAAAGGAAAAGCCAUAAAUGCGAUGCUAAAUAAUAAAGAAAUUUUCCCCGAAUUGAUUCGGAAAGCCAAA